CUUUAUUUCAAACCGCGGUUUGUCUCACUGACCUCCGGCUUGCCGUACCAAAACAAACAUGGCGUCUUCUGUCGACGUACACGUACGAAUUUGUGGACAAGAAAUCAUAAAAUAUGACCUGGAAAUCAAAGCUCUCAUCCAGGACAUCAGGGAUUGUCCUGGACCUCACUCAGCACUCAUGGAAUUCAACUCCCAGGUGAAAGACAAGUUCAUCAAACUCAGACUCAGGAUCCAGGAUCUGGAGCAAAUGGCGAGAGAACAGGACAGAGAGAUGGACAGACAGGCCAUCCAAGCAGAGACGGAGAGCCAGCGAAGGCAGAUGUUGAGUAACCAGACGGCGUGGAGGAAAGCUAACCUCGCCUGUAAACUGGCGAUAGACAACAUGGAGAAAGAGGAGCUGCUGCAUGGACCAGAAAGCACGAACAUCAGACAGAGGAAAGCGACUAAAGAAAGCCUCGUGGAAACCAGCAGCAAUAUCACGGAGAGCCUGAUGUCCAUCAGCAGGAUGAUGGCUGAGCAGGUGAACCAAAGCGAUGACACCAUUGGCUCACUGGCGACCUCCUCCAGGACCGUGCUGGAAACCAACGAGGAAUUUAGGAACAUGACGGGAACCAUCCACCUGGGGAGGAAACUGAUCCUCAAGUACAACCGGCGGGAGCUCACGGAUAAGCUGCUCAUCUUCCUCGCUCUGGCUCUUUUCUUUGCCACUGUUCUCUACAUUGUUAAGAAACGCAUCUUUCCCUUUAUUUAACCGGCAGCUGCUCCUUCAAAGGGGAAUGUGUCCUGGCUAGUUCUGUUACUCAGCAGAAAGUUACCAUGAGGAGUUUGAGAAGUAGAACAGAGAGGGAUGGACUCAGGCACAGAGUCAUUCAACAUCCUUUUUGUUUGUUAAGGUGCCGUGUCCUCUGCCGCCUUUUUUGUGCUCUGAGCGCCCACGACCUCAAUUUCAGAGCUCCUCUCACCUUUACUGUUGCUGUGUUCCGAAAGUCGUCCUCCGGCACUUCUGCUUCCCUAAUUCGUGACUGUCAGGUCAGUUUUAAAUUUGAUUGCACAGGUAGGUGGAAUUCCUCUGUAUGCUUAAUACUUGCUUUCAUUCAACUGCAUUUCAACAAGAAACUGUAAAACCUGUUGAUAGAAAUCGUGUCAGAGCGUUAGCAGCAGCUCUAAACUUUUAAAUUGUACCUCGAAAAAACAAGUGUGAUAUCUUUUCUCCUCCAUACGGACCUCCGCGGUUGUUGCUCACAAAGUUUAUUCAAGAAGUCUCACCCCUCCUUGAUUCUGAUUGGUCGGUGAUGAAGAAGUGACUUUAAAGCUGCUGAAAGGAACUCUAAGCUUGUAUCGAUUCUGGCGCCCCCUUGUGGACAAAGUGAUACCUCUUAUCUCUUGUCCUGUACAUGCAAAAUAAUUGUCUUCAGGCAAUAACCUCAUCCUGUUGUCUUUUAACAUUUAGACUUAUCUUACAAUGUGAUUAUUUGCAAUGAAAACAGCCAAAAAAGGGUGUUUCUAAAGCGAGAUGUCAAUCAUCUGUUCUGACACCUACCCCCUCAGAGCGGUUUUAGACAUUAAAAUGACAACAGAGAAGGUGUCAGUGUUGUUGUAGAUGGUCUUGUUUGCUUUUGAGGGUCAUAAAGAGGCAUCAGUAUCAGUUUCAGUCUGUUUCUCAGCCAGGUAAAAACUCCUCACAGGGCCUUUAAUGAUAAUUUGAUGAGAGCGGCGUAGUUACAAAAGUUGAAUUAUUUUCAACUGAGAGUGCUGCAACAAAAGUCAGCAGACUCUGAGGGCAUUUCUGUGCUGAGGAAGCUGAAUCACAUUGAGUUUGAAUAGAGGCAGUGGACAUGGCACCUUAAACUUGAUUGAUAUGCAAGAUGUGGGUCGGGCAUUAAGGGUUAAGUCAUAUUAUGUUCACCAACACGCUUAAAGGCAAGAGGAUUCAAGACAUUGUGCGAAUCAUUGCAUUCAAGGCUGGGCGAAAAACUCUUGUCCGCAGCUUUAGGCUAUAUUGUCCUACUUUAGAGUUACUUUGUCGUCCUAGAGCGAUUAUUUCAUAAAUUAAAAAAAUAUUCACACUCAGAAGUAGUUUUAUUUUGAAGGCAUUCUUGUUACUUUAUGAAAACUGACGGCAUAAAAUUGCUUAAAAGCAUCCUGAGCCUUUAAUACAUCAUCUGGCAUUAAUAACUAACCAGGGUCAAAGCUGUUAUAUGCACUAACUCUCCUUUUGUUGAAAAUGUUGUUAAAAUGCAAACUGUGUGAGAGUGUGUGUUUGUACAACAUGGAUGCAGUUUGAAAAGUGUGUAUGUGGACUGGCUGUAAAUUUCACAGAGAAGUAGUUGAAGAGUUACUUGUGCCUUAAAUAGUUUCAAUCUAAAACAUCUGAUCAGUCAGGGAGGAAAUGUUGAGUCAGACACUUUAUGAAUGUUUACUGUCUGUUUGAAUAAAACUGAGUAUUUACAACAAAUUGA